AUGGCGGCCUUUGAUACCGAUGUUAUUGUAUACUACAACAUUCCCACUCUUUACCCAGAGGAAUGGCCAGCGGAGCUGGAAGAAAGUGAUGAUUCUGAUGGUGAAGAAUCCCAGCCGUCCGGCGUCCCCUCCUCGACCGCCCAACGACGCAAAUCGAGAUAUGCCGCCCUACAGAGGCAUGGGAGUGAUCGCAGAAGCAUAGUACCUGGGUCUCAAAGGACUGGGGAUGGAAGGGAUAAUCUAGUUCAAAAAGACGAACCGGAUCCGUUGGGGUCUUUUGAGAGUGUGGUUAGAAUGCUGAAACAACGUGGCAUCGCCGACGAUGACGUUCGCGUUCGAAACCGUUACCUUUUGUCGUCUACAACAUUUUCACCUGCUUUGUUCCUCUCUCAAACGCACUCAUCCGAUUCAACACAAUCGCUCUUAGAAGGCCUCGAUUUCUUGUCUAGGUCAAUCGACCAGAAAUCGGCAUCUUUGAAGGUAUUAGUCGAGUCAAAUUUUGAGCGCUUUGUCCGCGCGAAGGCGACUAUCGACAACGUAUAUACAGAAAUGCGAAACCAAGGCGCCCAGCCUGACGAAUCACCACAUCGAUCUCAUUCGCGCAAUACCAGCAGGUCUGGGUCUCACAUCAGAAACUACAGCACGGGAGCUGCAGUACGUUCGAUCAGUGCGGAACGCUUACAGAAGAACUCACUUACAAAAGAAAGCGAAUACGGGGUUAAGGGUAUACGUGUACCAUUGAUGGAGGCUUCAGGAAAAGCUGAAGAAGUGUGGGGUCCGGCACUCGGAGGUCGACAGCGGGAGGAUGGUUUGAAAUCCGUCAUCGAAACUCUGGAACAGCAUCGUGAGAUAUACGAAAUUGGGUCUAACCUCGUCCGUUCAAUUAAGCAACGAGAUUACGAUGCGAUAAUCGAUCAAUACAACCGUUCCAGGAGGCAUGCGAUUGAUGCAAAACUCAUUGCAGACAGGGCUACAACCACAAAGCGACCCUUAACCGACAAGCAAGUCCAUUUAAUCCUCGUGACGGGUAGAAUGUGGAUGGAUGUUGAAAAACAGAUACAGGCCUUUAAGCGAGAUUUGUGGCGACGGCUAAGCAGCGUUCCGACACAUACUUCUACUAUGAGUCUCAAUGGACCCUUUGAAGAGCACAUGGAACUUAUUAGUACGCUGCUUGAACUUGGGGUUGACGAUAAUCCGGUCUGGGUAUGGCUUCUUGGACGGUAUGACUAUUUGAAAACCACAAUCCUGGCUUUCUGUGAGCGAUCAAAAGUCGAAAUUGAAAUCCUUCGGCGUCGGCUAGCCAAUGGAGAGAAACCCACACCUCAAGCUGUUGUUCCAUAUAUUCAUCUAUCUAACCGCGACGGCGUGGCAACUUCCCAGGAUUUGCUCGACACUGAACCAGUUCUGGAACUAUGGGAGUGUAUUCAUACGUAUCUUAAGAAGCUGCUAUCUCUUGAAGGUGGCCUCCUUGGAGAUGUUAUUGAGUUUUGGGACACUACAAAAUCGUUUAUCGAUGGUAGUAAGCAGAAGCUCCUCCCUGCGGGAUUCGAGGGUGAAAGUCGCAAACACCACCGAUUAUCCUCUGGUGGAGUUGAAGAUUUGAAAAAUGGUGUCAUCGAGCUUGUAAAUCUCAUUCGUGACAGUGCUGUGUCGAUUUUUGCGGACCCUCCUAUAGAUGAUAUCUCGCUUUUAUUUUCACCACUCCCCGCCACUCCCAACACUCCCUUAACUGGCAUAACCCCAACGGACUCUCGUUUCAGGAUAGACCCCAAGGAUAUUCCCCCGCUAUCACCCAGGAAAGGGGAAGCAUGGGAGGACUUCGCGUUCUGGCCUCCUUAUUCAAAUUCGCUUAGUGGUGUCCAUUAUCUCAGUCAAUUUCUUAUUCUAAUAGGAACAGCUGCGAGCGAGAUGGCUGCAAUGAGCCCGAUAUCAAGCGGUAGCAGUACAUACGACAAGUUAAAACUUCUCGUCAGCGGUACCCGAGAACGGUCCGUCCGGGCGGUAUGUGCUGCAUGGAAUAAAGAUGCCGAGAGUAUUAAGUAUCUCGAGGACUGGACUCGGGACCCCGAACGGAAGGAUAUGACUAAAAUGCCGGGGCUUUUCGUGGCAUUCGAAAGUGCAGUUCUUUCUGGAAUGCAAAAGAUAUUAUAUAUCUCAGAGGCCAUGACGAAAUCACUUGCGGGUGACGUCGUCACCCCGCCACCAGCAAAGCUAUUACAGAUGGUCCGUUCGCAGUUUGUGACUAGUGUCUACAAAGCACUAAGCGGGCUUGUCGAAAAUGCUGAACAUCCAGUUACGACUGAAGGAGACAACGAAUGGGUCCUGGUUGGCCCUGUUGUCCGCAUAGGCGGAUUAGAUAUUUCAUCAUCUAUCUCACCUUCAAGUGGCAUUGAUUCCAACAACAGGAACGUUCGAAUGCUUCUCACUCUCUCUAACCUGAAAGCUCUGCUUACUGACUACGUGCCUCAAUUGGUAUCUAAUUUCGAAACCGCUUUCUCUGUUAAAUUAACUGAGGAGUCUAAAACAAUUCGCGAUGUUCUCGGUCAAAUUGACACGCGCCUCUUCCAAUCGUACACGCGCCCCAUGACCACCACCCUGAAUUCGACGAUACUCGAGGGAAUCUCAGCACCUGACUGGGUCCCUUCAACGAGUCGGCCAGAUCAAGUCUGUCCGUAUGUAUAUGCAACGAUGCUUAACCUCGUACUAGUGCAUACAGAAGUGUCUACAACUCUACCAACGGGUUCCCAAAAUUCGUCAGGCGCUCCCGCAUCAUCCCUCACGAACGAAAUACUUUCACACCUUCUAACCCAGGUAUCCUCCUCUCUCCUGAACGCUUUCAUGCAGCGACCCAAAUAUUCACUCCCAGCCCUCAUGCAAGCAACCCUUGAUACAGAAUUCAUCGCGCAGACGCUCUCCCAGUAUGCGACAGAGGAGGCUUCAAAAAUUCAAAGCCAGAUAUACCUUGAGCUUGAUCGUCGGACCAAUAACGAUGCUAGGGCUAAAUUGCAAGAUGAGCUGGGGGAGAUGAGGAGUGUUCUGAAGCGGUUACGGGAAGCGACUCGUGGGGAGUUUGCGUGUUUUAAGAAGGCGAGGAAUGGCGGGAAGAAACAGUAA